AUGGUAGCAGUCGGGGCAGUUAUGGGGAUGGUGAGCGGCACGCUGGUUUACUAUCACUGCGCCUACCGCCACUCGAGCAUCGUCUCCCUCCUGGCCGACGUCUUUAUCGUGCUCCUAUGCUCGCUCGCUAUCCUCGGCCUCCUUUUUCGCCACAUGAACAUCGCCGUCCCCGUUGACCCGCUCCACUGGCAGAUCUCCCAGGACGCCGCCGCCUCACUCUUCGCCUGCCUCGCCAACACCCUCGGCGCCGCCGAGUCUGUUCUCCGCGUCGCAGCCACCGGCCAUGACAAACGCCUCUUCCUCAAGGUGGUUUCCUGUCUUUAUGCGCUUUCUGUCAUUGGGAGAGCAGUCUCAGGGGUCACUGUUGCAUAUGUCGGAUUGUGUUUGUUAUGUCUCUACAUGGUGGUCGAGCAUUCAAGCACCAACGGGACGUGUUUGGGGAGGCUUUCUGGAAGACGAGAUGCACCAAGCUCUGUUCAAGAUGACACGUAA